UCUUCCCUUCCCGUACCAUAGACUCUUGCAGUUCUCACCGAGGUUUGGUAGGUUUUCUUGAACAACUGUUUCUUCAUUUGUUGUAUGCUAGUACAGCCAUUUCCAGAGACUCCAACAAAUCAAAAUAAUUUUCAUUAGUUUCACUGGACAGCUGUUUGUGGAGCCCCUUGUACUGUGAGGCCAGAAGUGGAACUCUAAACUGGGCCUGAGAAAUUUUUUUAUAAAGAGAAACUUACCCCUCAUCAAUUAUUUGGUUACCCCAAAGACAGUUUGCCCAAGAAAGGCAGAUUAAAUAUUCGACUCCUUUUUUAACAUUGUCUCAAAACAGACCAAAUUAGAAAGCUGAAACUGCUGCCUAUCCAUUCUCCAUCUUUUUCGAGACAACGCAAAAUUAUAUGACCUCAUUUGUGUUACUAGACUGAACUAUUCUUAGCUGAAUCUUCACAGUAAGAAACAGCCAAGAGGCAUUAUGUGGGCUGUUUUUCUGAAAAUUUUUCCCUCAAAUAUACAUUGCGUUGCAGAAUGACUUCUGUGGGCUAACUUAAAAAUUCAUAAAUCUUGCCACUUUUCCUUAGCCUACCUUCAGAAGUGUCUUCCCGAGAAAACCCAGUUUCCAGUGGUCAGUAGCGGGCUUGAGGUUGCACAAGGCUUAGCUUUAAAUCACUCAUUUUAUCUGAAGAGUCAGAGAAGGUCUAACUUUCAAAACAAAUUCAGCUACUUUGCUUACUUAGUAAAGCAACUCCCACAUUAAGGUCCCAAUGAUUAGUACAAAGUUACCUUUUGCAUUGUGAUAUUUUGAGUGAGAAAAUAAUUGUUAUCUGAUUACUGGCCUUUGCUUCUCUUUUCAAAGAGAGAAAAAAAAAUUAUUGUAGGCUGAAACUUAUUUCAUCUUUGUUAUGCCAGUCCCUCAAAUUUGGAUAAUCACAAAAUGAAUAUAGAGAAGUAUAGCCUACGGAGCACAUUACAGUUUUCAAGAUGCUUCAUAUCCACUAUUUUGAUUGGUUCUCUGGCCAACUCUAUAGAUAGAUGAAGAUUGUCUCUGUUUUGUGGUAUAGGAAACUGAAGCUCAGAAUACAGGGCUGAUGCUAGACCAUUUGGGGGCCUUUGGGUGAAUUAGAGAAAGGGACCCUUCAAGACACUUUACAGCUAUUUGCUAAAAAGUUAUUUCAGCGCAUGAACAAAUCUACAGUGAUUAGCAUUUGUGCAACAUCCCUAGAGCUGGCCCACCACCUGCACAGCUGUACCUGCUGGCCUUGCUGGCGAGCUUAAGAAAUUUGCCAGACAUCCAGGGCUGGCAGGUGAAGGGGGUUGGGCUUAGAACCCGAGUCCUUGCUCUUCACUCCACUGUGUUCUGAUGCCUCUCUGGUUCCCUCUCUUUAUGCACAGACGACAAUCUUAAUCAGACAGGAAGGAUGAGGCCAUGUAGAAAAGAACUGACAGAUGGCAAGGAGCCCUCCCGAAGCCUUUGCUUCAGCCUCUCCAUGUUCUGAGAGAGGAGGAGCCAGGUCUGCAGCACUUUCAGCCUCUGUCCUGCCUGCAUCCUAUGGCUUGAGCCUAAACUUGCCUAUUUUCCCUGGCUGCAUGGAGCGGCAGAGCCAGGAUACCUCCCUGGUCAGAAAGGAUGCCUGGACUCAGACUUCCCCAGCCAGGAGAAGGAUCAGGCCCACUCAAGUCCAGGGCGCAGGUCAGCUGAAGCUGUCCAUUGAUGCCCAGGACCGGGUUCUGCUUCUCCACAUCAUAGAAGGCAAAGGCCUGAUGAGCAAGGAACUCGGCGUCUGUGAUUCCUACGUGAAGAUUUCUUUGAUCCCUGAAGAUAAUCGACUAUGCCGCCAGAAGACACAGACCAUUCCGGACUGCAGAGAUCCUGUCUUCCAUGAGCACUUCUUCUUUCCUGUCCAAGAGGAAGACGAACAGAAGCGCCUCCUGGUCGCUGUGUGGAACAGGGCAGGUGACUCCAGACAGAGUGGACUUAUCGGCUGCAUGAGCUUCGGGGUGAAGUCCCUCCUGACUCCGGACAAGGAGAUCAAUGGCUGGUACUACCUGCUGGGGGAGGACCUGGGCCGGACCAAACACCUGAAGGUGGCCAGGCGGAGACUGCGGCCCCUGAGAGAACCGUUGUUGAGCAUGCCAGGAGGUGAGGAUGCUGAGAACGGGGAGAAACUCAAGAUCACCAUCCCACGGGGGAAGGACGGCUUUGGCUUCACCAUCUGCUGUGACUCUCCGGUCCGAGUCCAGGCUGUGGAUUCCGGGGGCCCGGCGGAGCGGGCAGGGCUGCAGCAGCUGGACACGGUGCUUCGGCUGAACGAGAGGCCCGUGGAGCACUGGAAAUGCGUGGAGCUGGCCCACGAGAUCCGGAGCUGCCCCAGUGAGAUCAUCCUGCUUGUAUGGCGCAUGGUCCCCCAGGUCAAGCCCGGGCCAGAUGGAGGGGUCCUGCGACGGGCCUCCUGCAAGUCGACCCUUGACCUCCUGUCGCCCCCCAAUAAACGGGAGAAGAACUGCACGCACGGGGCCCAGGCCCGGCCGGAGCACCGCCAUAGCUGUCACCUGGUAUGUGACAGCGCGGACGGGCUGCUGCUCGGCGGCUGGGAGCGCUAUACGGAGCUGACCAAGCGCGGGAGCCAGCACACCCUGCCUGCGCUGUCCCGCGCCACGGCCCCCACCGACCCCAACUACAUCAUCCUGGCCCCGCUGAACCCCGGGAGCCAGCUCCUGCGGCCUGUGUACCAGGAGGACACCAUCCCCGAAGAAUCAGGGAGUCCCAGUAAAGGGAAGUCUUACACGGGCCUGGGGAAGAAGUGUCGGCUGAUGAAGACGGUGCAGACCAUGAAGGGCCACGGGAACUACCAGAACUGCCCCGUCAUGAGGCCACACACCCCGCACUCAAGCUAUGGCACCUACGUCACCCUGGCCCCCAAGGUCCUGGUGUUCCCCGUCUUUGUCCAGCCUUUAGAUCUCUGUAACCCCGCCCGGACCCUCCUGCUGUCGGAGGAGCUGCUGCUAUACGAGGGGCGAAACAAGGCUGCCGAGGUGACGCUGUUUGCCUACUCAGACCUGCUGCUCUUCACCAAGGAGGAUGAGCCGGGCCGCUGCAACGUCCUAAGGAACCCUCUCUACCUCCAGAGCGUGAAGCUGCAGGAAGGUUCUUCAGAAGACCUGAAAUUCUGUGUGCUGUAUCUCGCAGAGAAGGCAGAGUGCUUAUUCACUUUGGAAGCGCACUCGCAGGAGCAGAAGAAGAGAGUGUGCUGGUGCCUGUCGGAGAACAUCGCGAAGCAGCAGCAGCUGGCGGCUCCAUCCCCCAACAGCAAGAUGUUUGAGGAGUCAGAGGCGGAUGAGAAGAAGGAGAUGCCCGGGGAGGAAGGGAAGGGGCCGGGUGCCAACGACCCCUCACCCAGGAAAGACCCCUCUCCUGGCCAGGAGCCUCUUCCUGGACAAGAGCUUCCACCCAAAGAGGACUCCUCUUCUGGCCAGAAACCUUCUGCUGGCCCAGGAUCAAUGCCCAGCAAAGACUCACCUUCUGGCAAAGAACCUUCUGUGGGCCAGGAACGCUUGCCCAGAAAGGACUCCCCACCAGGCCAGGAACACCCUGCAGCCGCAGUCUUCUCUCCGUGCCAGGACCUUCCUGCUGGGCGAGAACCCUCUCCCGGCCAAGACCCUCUAAUCAGCAAAGACCUCCCUGCCCUCCAGGAACCCCCUGCCCAGGACCUUCCGCCCUGUCAAGACCUGCCCCCAGGCCAGGCCCCCCUGGCAGCUGAGCCCCUUGCUGAGGAGACCACGAGCUCUGGGGACCCACCAGCAGCCACAGGGAACCUGCCCGUGGCCUCCAAGCCGAACUUCGUGAUCCCCGAGGUCCGGCUGGAUAGCACCUAUAGCCAGAAGGCAGGGGCGGAGGGGGGCAGCUCGGGCGACGAGGAGGAUGCAGAGGAGGCCGAGGAGGGGGAGGAGGACGAGGAUGAGGACACAAGCGAUGACAACUACGGAGAGCGCGGGGAGGCCAAGCGCAGCAGCAUGAUCGAGACGGGCCAGGGAGCCGAGGGCGGCCUCUCGCUGCGCGUUCAGAACUCGCUGCGGCGCCGGACGCACAGCGAGGGCAGUCUGCUGCAGGAGAACCGCGGGCCCUGCUUCUCCUCCGACACCACCCUGCACUGCUCGGAUGGCGAGGGCACCACGGCCGCCUGGGCCAUGCCUUCCCCCCGCACCCUCAAGAAGGAACUGGGCCGCAAUGGAGGCUCAAUGCACCACCUUUCCCUCUUUUUCACAGGACACAGGAAGAUGAGCGGGCCUGACACAGUAGGGGAUGAUGAUGACACCUCCCGGAAGAGAAAGAGCAAAAACCUAGCCAAGGACAUGAAGAACAAGCUGGGCAUCUUUAGGCGGCGGAACGAAUCCCCUGGGGCCCAGCCAACAGGCAAGACAGACAAAGUGAUGAAGUCAUUCAAGCCCACUUCAGAGGAAGCGCUGAAAUGGGGCGAGUCCUUGGAGAAGCUGCUGGUCCACAAGUAUGGUCUAGCGGUGUUCCAGGCCUUCCUCCGCACUGAGUUUAGUGAGGAGAACCUGGAAUUCUGGCUGGCAUGCGAGGACUUCAAGAAGGUCAAGUCACAGUCCAAGAUGGCGGCCAAGGCCAAGAAGAUCUUUGCUGAGUACAUCGCCAUUCAGGCGUGCAAGGAGGUAAACCUGGACUCGUACACACGGGAGCACACCAAGGACAACCUGCAGAGCGUCACUCGGGGCUGCUUCGACCUGGCCCAGAAGCGCAUCUUUGGGCUCAUGGAGAAGGACUCAUACCCACGCUUCCUCCGCUCGGACCUCUACCUGGACCUCAUUAACCAGAAGAAGAUGAGUCCCCCGCUUUAGGGGCCACGCGGGCAGAGCUCAGUGUUCACACCAGGCGGGCUGGGCCCCUCCCCACCUGCCUCCCUCCCCCCUGCGACAGAGGGGGCAAGCAAACCCCCGGAGGCUGCGUCCGGACAGACAGACGGACAUUUGGAUGAGAGGCCUGGACCAAGAGAGGCCCAGGCCACUAGAGGAGUCGAGGGACUGGCCCCACGGGGUCCCUGCUGCCCUGGUACGAGGGGGCCCGAGGGCCUGGGCAGGUCAGGGGCCCGGCCAGGCUAAGACAGAUCUGGAGCUGCUGCUCCUUGCUGCGGAGACUUUGCAACGACCAAGUUCCUUAAAGAACUGGCUGGUGUGGCAGGGGCCGAGGCCUGGGCCCCGGGGCUCUUCAGGGGAGCUGCUGGGGCUCACUGCUGGGACCCCUGCCUUGAGUUUUAUUUAUUUAAACAGUAGUUGGAUGCUUGGCAUGUCGUCCUGUAAUAGGAAACCUUUGCCUCAUCAGUUUUCCUAAUUUACAAGUGCAAUAUUUUAACCAACGCCUUGUGAAAAAGCCGCCUUGCUGAGAAGGUGGGCACCAUAUUCCAGUUUCAGGGGAUUCACUGGUCCCGAGCCCCGUGGCGGGCAGCUGGGCCUGCUGGACCGAUAAGGCCCAGAGGGGUGGGGGCUGCAGUCUGACCUCACACCGAAAUCCAGCCCCCCUGAGUGAGGUGGGGGAGUCCCCCAGGGGGUCCCGGGAAAGCAUGGCACCCUCAGACCACACAGCGGCCGAGUUCUGGAGCAAAUAAAAGGCCCGUGUUAUUUUUUGUUCUCGA